AUGAUGAAAUCCGUAUUCGCCCUCGGCCUUUUCGCCACCACGGCCCUAGCUCAGUCUGCCAAAAUUGGUCUUCCCCAAAAGGGCGCCCAGUUAACAGCAGGGUCAAACGAAACCGUUCAAGUCCAGCGCCCAGAUACGUUGACCGGCUCGAACGAAAUCGCGGUUGUGAUCGGCAUCUCGCCGUGCAAAGAUGGAAAAUGCACUUCCCCAAGUGACAGCCUGGGUACUGUUUUGUACCAGGGAGGAUUUGACCCAGAGUUCCAUAACGGUGUCCAACCUCCGUAUCAGAACUUUACUGUCGAGAUUCCUGAUGAGAUUUCUGGCCUCGCCGUGCUCGGCGUCUCGCACUUUUCGCUUGUCGGGCACCAGCAUGGGUCUUCUGCACGAUACCUGCCGCAAGAUUCCGUUGCAGGCGUUUCGCAGUUGUCCCAGAGUUUCGGAAGAAUUAGUCUGGAAAACACCGGGACAACUUAUGUUGAAGGAUCACACUGGACAGCUAUCCUUGAUAAUAUUGCUGAGCUAAAGGAUUACUUUGACGAUAGCGACGUCCCCGUGACUGUUGACACCGUGGACAGUGAUAGCCUGGGAAUGGAGCCAAGUUUUCAAGGUAGUGGACCAGCACUGAUUCUAGGGCAUUUCCAGCCUAUUGAUAGGCCGAGUAUAAUAGCAACUAUUCCACCACGCCCAACAGCAGACAUACUGGUGGCCAAAUACUUUAAUUCGAAAAAUAUCAACUCGCUCUUAAUUCACGGCCCAACCUUUCUAGAAGAGUACCAUCGAUUUUGGGAAUAUCCACAAAAGACAUCUACCAUGUGGAUCGGUCUUUUAUUUGCCGUGAUGUGCUUGGGGGCCUCAACCGAGAAGUUAGAAAGGUCACUGUCAGGCCCAAGUACAUCUGAUAUUCUUGACAUGAAGCUGUCAGACAGUAUCCAGACUUACCGCGUUCGAACUGCCCAGUGCCUUUCUUUGGCUGACUAUACCAAAUGCGUGCCGUAUACAGUGGAGACUCUCUUACACUACUUGUCUAUAGAAUAUUUAAAUGCUGCCGAUAGCCAAACUGGUACAUGGAUUUUGAUGGGCAUCAUCGUGCACAUGGCGGUUCGAAUGGGCUAUCAUCGCGACGGAUCCCAAUCUCCACGGCUUUCUCCAUUUCAAUCUGAGAUGCGACGCCGAGCCUGGGCCGUUAUCUUCCAAAUUGAUUCGGCUGCUGCAGGGCAGUAUGGUCUUCCCCGAAUGAUUAACGACUCUCAAGCAGAUACAAGGGAGCCUAGAGACGUCAACGACGACGCACUCGAUCGUGAUAUGUCUGAAUUACCCCCGCCUAGGACCGGUUUCGAGCCUAGUAGCAUUCAAUUUCUGGUGAUGAAAAAUAGGCUGGUAUCAACCUUUAACAUGAUCAUAGACCUCAUUGGGUCGCCGAUGAAGGUGGCUUCAUACGACGAAAUCUUGAAACUGGACAAGAUACUCGAAGAGCAAUUUCAAACGAUGCCGGUACCCCUGCGCAUGCGGCCGAUGAGCAGAUCCCUGACAGAUACCCCUGAAGUGGUUGUGAAUAGGAUAUUCCUAGCUUUAUCCUACUACAAGUCUCGCUGUAUUCUGCAUCGAGGGUAUAUGUUAGCAGCACAAUCAAACGACCGCUAUCUAUACUCCCGGAAAUCAUGCAUUGAAUCUGCAUUGGAAAUUCUCCAUAUCCAGCUCAGUUUACACGAAGAAUCCCAGGAGGGAAGGCGUCUUUAUCAUGAAAAGUGGAAAUAUUACUCCUUGAUAAAACAUAUCUGGCUCCUAGCGACCACGAUUUUAUGUGCCGACCUAGACAAUAGCCAUCGAGAAACCCCAAUCCGAGCUCAAUACGAAGGAAACAUGCCAGAGAAAAUAGUUCAAGCUCUGAGACAGUCUUAUUUUAUCUGGAUUGAAUUGAGUGAUAUGUCACGGGACGCACAAAAGGCUGCUCAAAUGCUGCGAGUUGUCCUGAAAAGGGCACCAGAGCCACAGCUACAAACAGGAAAUUCACCGUCAGGAGGUGUGUCUGGAGCAAGUAACGAUUCCGCCUUUUUCUCGAUAGGUUGGUAUACACCUUUCUCUCGUCCACGAAAAUUCUAA